AUAAAAGUGUCUGCUAAAUGGCAUAUUAUUAUUAUUAUUAUUAUAAGAGUUGCACGGUGUUUGCAAUGCCAGGGUUGAAAUCUGAGCUGCAGAGGUAUUGUGAGGCGUGAAGCUGUACGAGUCAUCUCAUUUGCGUAUGCGUAAAUCUACCCUGAAUGGAAUAUUUUAUUGUGGAAUUGGGUUGGGCCAAUCUGAUUGUAUAUAUACUGACCAAGGCAACAGUAUAUUCUCCACUUCAGAAAAGAGAAUUCAACUGAGAGCAACGACAACACUCUUUCCUUCUGGGAGCUGAUAUUUUGGAUUAUUGCUUUUUUUCCUUAUUCUGCAGAGAUUUCUUUGCGAUUGUGUUAUUACUUCCUUUAUUUUUCAGCAAGAUGGCAUCUGCAAAUGCAGCUGGUUCAAGAAAACAAAGAAGGAUCCCUCUUGUCUGCAGAUUUUGCUUGAAGAACCAGGACACCCUCUCUCUACACCUCAGCAGAGUGUGCAUGAAGUUAAAAACAAAACAAGAGAUUGUUCAGGAAGUCACCACUGCCCGAGAUUCCAUGAUAGAGCAUCUUGGCAAAGGCAGGAUCUUUGACUACAGUUUACUGAGCGGUGUCGUUAUACAACAAGACGCACUCCGACUCCUGAUCCAGAAGCUUGAAGAAACGGAUCAUAUUGUUAAAAACAAGCCAGAAGUCAAACAAGCACCUCUCCAAGUGGAAGUGGCUCAUGUGUUGGCACCAGCUGAAGAUGCAGAUGCAGAUGCUGAAUCAGACAACAACACGGAGGAUGACCAGUCUGACCAGGAUGACCAGGAUGACCAGUCUGACCAGUCUGACCAGUCUAACCAGUCUGACCAGUCUGACCAGGAUGACCAGUCUGACCAGGAUGACCAGGAUGACCAGUCUGACCAGGAUGACCAGUCUGACCAGUCUGACCAGGAUGACCAGUCUGACCAGUCUGACCAGUCUAACCAGUCUAACCAGUCUGACCAGGAUGACCAGGAUGACCAGGAUGACCAGUCUGCCUUGUACCAACCACCAAUGAACCAGUCAUGGGACAACAAACUGAGAAAGGCAAUGCAAAUGAGUGGUUUGUACCAAAAGCACCCUCUGGAUUGUGAUCUGCUGGCUGGAUUUGCCAAAUAUCUCCGCUGA